AUGAGUUCCCACUAUAAAAGCGAUGGAUCUCCUGGAAUUCCGCUCACUUGGUGUCGCAUCCUCGUCAGCGGCGGCUCGUUGGUUCAUCCGGCGCCACUUCCGGCGGGAGGUGAAAUCGCUCAACGCGAGGUGAGUUGGCUUUGAAAUUUGUUGGCAUUUAGGAGCGAUACGAUUUUGGGUUGAAGAGAAAAAGCUUAGCAUCGACACUUUGCUAUGCAUAGGGAGGCUAGGUAAUAAAAUUGGUCGGGUCCUAGGAUAGUUCAUAACAAGAAAAACUCCCAGGGCGUAGAUUUUUCCAGGCUUCGCCCGAGCUUGAGUCUCCUUUUUAGUCCCUUUUAGCUGGUUUUCUUUUUCUAUAUUUACCCUAAAAAUUUCAUAGUUUCACGACCUUGUUUGAAUCCUCUUUUUUCAGGCAGUCUCGCCUUGUGGAAGCGGUCGAUCCGGGCCAAUCUCCGAAGUUUGUCUGCAGCUACGAGCGGAGUGUUCAGGACGCCUUGAAGGGCCGCUUAUUUUUUUUUUAUUUGAUCUGAAGUCGUGGAACUACAUGCAGGGCGAGUGGAAGCAGAAUAAGGUGGGUUUGUUGGGAGGAAUCGAAACGGUUGAAUGGACAUUUAUCGCGCUUCGCACUGUGCAUUUUUUUGCACCUUGCGGAAAAUGAAUUUCCCGCCGCACUGCAAGAGGUCAAGUUGCAUAGUGCAAUGUGUCGCAAGAAUUUUGUUCGCACUGUGCAAUUUUUGUUUUUCUCUUUUCUUUUUUUUUUUUGCACAGUGCAGUUUUGUGUUUAUUCGUGUUGCACUGUGCAGAAAGUUUUUCGGCUGGAAGUUUUUGAGUUUUAUGUGGAGCAAUAUGAUUUUUUGUAGAAAUUUUCUACUCCCUACUGCAGACAGAUUCCAAUUUUUUUUGCUCGGAAAAUCGCAAAAGUUUUUUGCGAUAAAUUUUUUGGCCUACUAUGGACAGCGCAACCGGCUUUUUUGAGGCUUUCACUGUGCGAGGAGAGAAAAUGCACUGUGCGUUGGCGACAAGCGUGGGAAAAAGUUGGAAAUGAACUGUGCGAGCGUGAAAAAAUGUCUAUGCACUUUAUGAAAAUUUUCACCGCACCGUGCAGUGAGAGAUUUUGGCUUUGAUUUUUAUUUUUCGAAAUUUUUCGAAUAGUUGUCAAAAAGCGGGACCUAGAAAUUAUUCCAAAUUUGUGCCAAAAAUUGUGUUUUUGCCUGAAAAGCGCAGAAAUGACCAAGUUUUUCAGCUCCUCAUUGUCGGCUUUGGAUUUGUGAAGGUUUGGAGCGAAAUUCCUAACUGGCCGUUUCGCCUAUUCAAGCCCACUGAUGACACACUAGGCCCCUGUGGAGGUGUACUUUGAGGCGCGGACCGGAUGGCGUUCCGCAGUUCCCGACCGCUUCGGAAGAGCGGGAAAUUAUUGGAAAGCUCAAAGGACUUGGUCUGCGAGAAGAUCAAGGGCGCUAUGAUCGAUAUGGGGCGGAUUUGAAGACUAUGGGUAGGUCUUUUUUUAUUUUUAUCUUGAUUUUUUUUUUUAUUUUUUUUUUUUUUUUAUUUUUUUUUUUUUCAGCUGCAAAGCCAGUUUGA